GUUAUUUAGAUACGCCGUGCUCUUCUUCUGAAGUCUCGCAUCUGGUCCCUGGCUCUCUUUUCCCGGUGAAAACCAGUAGCCUGAAAAUGGAGACGAUGAGAAAAGAAGAAACCAAUCAAGAGAAAAAGAAGAACAAGGGAGUAGGAUUUUGGAGAUGGACAUUUUGCUCAGUGAUAUUAAGGCUCUUUCUCAUUUCUUUCUCUCGAAAUCUCAAUUUAUCUUCUCGGCCCGAAGUCUCCACUCCUCUCACCAGCCUACGACGCCUUGCUGAAGGUUACUGGUUGAAGCAAUUAUCGAUGUCUCCUUAUGCAGGAUCUAUGUACCAUGGUUCUCCAUUGUUGCUCUCACUGCUUGGACCGCUUACUGUUAAAAGAAUUGAAGGGCAACCUGAUCAUGUAUUGUGCAGUUUGCUUUUUGUCAUUGCAGAUAUUAUCAGUGCUAUGCUUAUUCGUGCGACUGGCUGGAAGCUGCAAAUGUCAUAUAGACAGAGCUUGAAAGCACUUGAUAUCGUUAAUGUACUAGAAAACUCAGAUUUACUUCCUUCAGGAGAUAUUGCUGCUCUUGUGUACUUGUGGAAUCCAUUCACAAUAGUUGCAUGUGUGGGUUUGUCAACUUCACCAAUUGAAAAUCUGUUUGUUGUACUAACACUUUAUGGAGCUUGUACAGGGCUAGUUCCCUUGGCAGCUUUUGGAUGGGUUAUGGCAACGCAUUUGUCCCUUUAUCCAGCAAUUCUAAUUAUUCCGACAAUUCUUUUAUUAGGAUUCGGUCCUGAUGCUCCCCCAAGAAAGUUGUUCCUGCAGAACGGAUUUUGUAAAAUUGGAGAUAACAACACUAGUGAUUUACAUCACAAACAAGAGGAAAUGAUCCACCAGUCAAAGCCACAAAUCAUUUUUAAAUGGAGACCAGUCAUACUAUUUUUAUUAUGGAUUUCUCUCUGGUCAGCCUAUGUGUUGGUUCUAUGCAGCAUGUCUGUCAAGCAGUAUAGUAGCCUGUGGGAGAUGUUUCAAAGCACAUAUGGGUUCAUUCUUACAGUGGAGGAUUUGUCACCAAAUAUUGGUGUUCUAUGGUACUUUUUUGCUGAAGUUUUUGAUUUCUUCAGAAAUUUCUUUUUGAUAGUUUUCCAUGCAAACAUCUUGUUCAUGGUAUUGCCAUUAGCCAUAAGGCUACACCACCGACCCUGCUUCUUGGCUUUCAUCUAUGUUGCAAUCUCAUCCAUGCUUAAAUCAUAUCCAUCAGUUGGAGAUUCAGCUCUAUACUUAGGUUUGUUGGUUUUGUUUCUUGAUGAAUUAGCAGAUAUGCAGUUCUCUUUCUUCAUCUUUUGUGGAUAUGUUGGGGUUCCCCUGCUUAGCCCUGUGAUGCACAAUCUAUGGAUUUGGAGGGGCACUGGCAAUGCAAACUUCUAUUUUGCAACUGCAAUUGCUUAUGCUUGCUUGCAGAUUAUUUUGGUGGUUGAGAGUGUUAGUGCUAUGCUUAACCAUGAUAGGAAGCUAAGAGAGCGAUCUGCCACGACACUUCAAGAUAAGUCUGUCAAAACGCCUCAAGAUGAGAAAUCUUAGCCACUUCUCCAAAUCAGGCAUGUAUAAUUAUGAUGCAUCUCUUGGCCCUUAAACAUUUCAAGCCCAAAAAACUCAGGAGGUUUCCUCAUUUCAGUCUGUUUUGCUUAUUCUAGAGUGGCUCUGUUUUCAUGAAUGGAAAGAUCGAGUUGCUGCAUCGAACAACAUAACAUAUAUCAACGCUCUACGGAGGAUUGUUUUCUGAAUUACAGCCUUUGAUAGCUUUUGUUGUACACUGGGAAAUGGACUUGGUUUAUUAUUUUUCUACCGAGUAGAAUAGUCUAUCCAUCUUUAACAUACUCGGUUCUGUUUGUCAAGAAUUUUGUACUGAAUUAUUAUUCAAUAGAGCUCAAUUUUCACUGCAUUUAAACCA